AUGGAUUACUUCCCCCGUUAUUCCCAACCAUUCACUUUGGCCGAAGCAACAAACCUCGAUGUUUCUAUAAUCACGGAUGAAAUCGCACGCUUGCAGAAUUCUCUGAAGCACCUACGAGAGACACAAGACCUGUUGAAGUCUGCUCUUGGAGAAUCAGGAGAACCGGAUGAAGAACUUCAGAAGGCCUUGGAGGAAAACGAGACUGUCAUCGGCUCACAGGAGGAGCGGAUAAGCAUACUCAAGCUGGCGCUCAGUCAGAAGGGGGUCUCCACCAGCGAUUCUCACUAUGAUUCACAACCAUCACCACCUGUGAAUCCUCGCUUCACAGCUGUGGUUAACGCGCCCACGCCCCAGCUGUCUGAACGUGGAGACAACGACGAAGGAGUGUAUCUCUAA